AUAAUUAUAUAUCGUAUAUCCAAAUUUGUAGCAUAUAAAACGUACAGGAACAAAUGAUGCAAAGUAAACCAAAUUUUCUGAUAUUUUUUAAUGAUUUUCACAAACAGGUCUUAACAAUUAUUAUAUUUCUUCCAUACUUCAAGUACUUUUAAAAAUAGCUUUUUAUACGCUCGUCUUUAGAUGGGACAUAUUAUGGUACAGCGAUGUCUGUAUGUCCGUCUGCCCGUUCGGAGUUUUCUGUUUCAUUUCUCAUUUCUCUGUCACAUAUCAAGCUGAAACCUGCUAUGUAGCUUCUUUGUGGAUCACUCUAGAUCAUGUUGCAAUUUUGAUCCAUUUCAACCUCUCUUGCAGAAGUUUCGCCCCUUUAUUUGAAAAUUAUUGUUAUAUGGAGGGUACAUAAUUUGUCCGUCUAACUCCUCCAACAAUUUUCAAAUGAGAACCAUCUUGUUUUACAGAGUGUUUGUAUGGAUAUUGAAGAUGUUCAUGUUGCAAGGAUUUUGAUUUUCUUCAAUUUUUAAGAAAAUCACAGGUUGUUGAACUCUGUCCAUUUUGAGGAAAUAUUACAAAGAGUAUACAUGAUUUGUUCAGUGAACUCCUCCCACAAUUUCCAAGUGAGAACCACCUUAUUUUACAGAGUGUUUAUAUCCCAUUGGGUAUUGAAGGUGUGCAUGUGGCAAGGAUUUUGAUUUUCUUAAAUUUUUGAGAAAAUUACAAGUUAUUGAACUUAGUUUUGAGGAAUUCUUACAUAGAGAGUACAUGAUUUGUCUUUAUAAAUUAUUUUUCUUUUCACAGUUUUCAAUUGAGGACUUUCUUAUUUUACAGAAUAUUUGUAUGGGUAUGGAAGAUGUGCAUGUUGCAAGGGUUUUGAUUUUCCUCAAUUUUUAAGAAAACUACAGGUUAUUGAACAUAGUCCAUUUUGAGAAAAUAUAAUAUUAAAUAAAAACAUGGUUUGUCCUUAUAACUCCUCACAGUUUUGAAGCUAGGGAUUUGUAAAUAUAUUAAAAGAUGUGCAUAGUGCAAGGAUUUUGAUUCUCAACAAUUUUUAAUUUUCUUUGACAUUUUAAAUAUUACAGAUUGUUUAACUUGGUCAAAGUUGGGGAAAUAUUUUACACACAGAACUCAUGGUUUGUCGAUCUACCUCCUGUCACAGUUUUAAGCUAAGACCCUGUCACUGCCUGGUGAUGGCUGAUACGACCUGAAGCAAAGUUAUACAAAUUAUGGUUUAAGAAAAACACCCAAUGUAAGCAUUUUCACGGGUGUAUUAUGUACCAUUUACGGUACUCUUGUUCAUACCAUAACACUGGUAUGAUAAAGUAUGUGUUCUGAUGUAUCCAAUUGUGUAUUAGUAAUUAAUUAACCCUGUUUUGCUUGUUCUUCUCUGGGAAUGUAACAGUUAAACUAUUCACUAGUUCAUGGCGCUGCACAUGCAUUUAAGAAAUGAACAGCACUUUUGAGCUGUUCAUGGUCAAUAUGAACGGAUUUGGAUUUGAUGCAAAUUCUGUGAAUUGCGCUAGUGAUUCACAGAGAAUUUGCCUCAAAUCCAAAUCUGUUCAUAUUGACCAUGAACAGCUCAAAAGUGCUGUUCAAUUCUUAUAUUUAUAUUCAUUUUCUAAAACAGCGUUUGUUUACAUUGCUUCUAUUUUGUUGCAUAAAACGAACUCCUAGCCUCUGUCACAGUCGUAUUAUGACGUACGUCAACACAUAGACAUGAUGUCACACUUUGUCUCACCCUGCCUUUUAUCAACAUUGCACAAUGCACUGUAUUUUGGAGGUAGGAGACCGCAAUAUUGGGAUGAUAAUCCACUGUAACAGGUGUUGGAUUGAAGGCGACGAAUUUGGAGGAUAUCUUAAAGGAUCACAAUGGAAGGUUCCUUAUGUGUUUGGGACAGAAAACAUGAUACGAGUCCUUCGUACACUCAUGCACAGCUUUGGAAAACCAUCAGAAGGAAACCCAGAAUGUUCUGAAUCAGUGAAAGAGAUUAAGGAAGAAUUAGAUAAGCUGAAGGUUGAAUUCUGCUGCAUUUGUGUAUCUCAUGAUAGACAGCUUGUGAAGAAAACUGGAAUAAAAGACACAGAUCAGAUCCUGAAAGCACUAAAAGAGUUGGAUAAGACACCAUUGAAUAAGUCUGAAAUCAUCAGAGCUCUCACCAGACAUUCUGUUGGAAUUCUGCAUUGGAAGAACCACUGCCAGGCGACUGUUACAUGUGUGGGAGAAAAUACUGUGUUAGCUCCAGCGCAUAUAUUUGAACAGGAUAAAUCAGAAAUAUGGAAUCACUUACUGCUGAUGUUUUGCGAGAAAAUGUUCGAUUCCGACAGAGAUCAGAUAGGGACAGAAAAGGAGGAGUUAAACAAGGUGCAAGAAGCAGUACUCCGUCAUCUGAGUCAGAGGAGACAUGAUGAUGAAAAGAAAACGUUCUCAAGGGAAUUGUUUAAGGAGUUUAUCACAAGUGCUUUGGACAACAUCAGAGAUUUGGAAGAGAAGGAGAUGACAUCUGAGGAAAUUGUAAAUGAAAUAUGGAAAGAUUUGAAAAAUGUUGACAAAUCAUCUACGAGUAUAUGGGAUCAAGUACAAUCGUAUUGUCAAGAAUAUUUCGAAUCCAAAAGAGUGACACAACAGGAAAGUGAGAGAAAAAUCAAGAAGAAGCAAACACAAUUGUUUUGUCAGCUGAAGCAGAGGAGACACAAUGAAGUGGCAGAAAAGAGAGAGUUUUCAAAGAAAUUUGUAGAGUUUAUUGAUGAUUUCGUUGAUUUGGAUUCAUGUAACAUCAGCACAUUGGAAGGGAAAAAUGAAGUGGAGAAAACUAAAGUACUAGUGGAAAUGAAAGAUGAAAUAGAAAAACUUGAAAAUAUUAAGGAUGAGGACCUUGUGAACUUACAGCCAAAUGAGAUGAGGAUACACACAAACUACACAAAGGAUGUUCAUGACCACUUUAGGGAAAACUGCUGCAGGUAUUAUGUGGACAAAGUGUUGUUGGUGGAUCAUGUCCAUGAUUUUGCUUUGCUUAGAACUGCUGAAUCAGGGAAUUUAAAAGAAGACCAGGAACUAUUCAGCAGCCAAAAACUAGUGCCCAUGGCAAUUGAUUUAACAAGAAACGACAAGGAUCACAUGUAUGUUGCAGCUCAUCCCUUCAGGAGGACUUUAACUAUUGAGAACUUUGUAAAACUUCUUGAUACUGUUGAAAAAAAAAAAAUUGUUGAAAAUUUUUAUAUUCAUGCACUGAUGGAUGCAAUAUCAAGAAACAAUGAUGUAAUACUUAGACAUAUCCCCGAGUCUUUGAAGAAAAGGGUCCCUUGCAGUGUUUACAGGCACAAGUAUGAAAUGGAUGAUGAAACAAAGUGUUUAAUAAAAAGGAGCUACAGUGAAGGAGAUCUUUACCAUCACAAUGCAGACAAAAAAACACGAAUAACAGUAAAUGCCAAAAGCCAAUUCUUUGUAUGUGAGGGAACUGAGUUGAGGGCAGAACUACUAGAAGCUGAGAAGGAGUCGACUUCUAAAAAGUUGCUGGUCUCGAUUGACAGCUUGAACAUUGAUGAUUGGCAGGAAUAUAGUUUGAAAGAGUUUAGGCACUCUGGGAUGCCAAAGAGAAAAAGCUUACAGAUACCAAUUCCAGCAGCAGCAGCAGGAUCUUCCAAGCCCUACAGGAUGAUCAUUACAUCAAGACGUGAACAAACAAGCAUUGUUUGUGAGGUAACUGCUGAUGGUGGAAAAGAUGGAAAAGGCAGUUUGAGAUUGAAAAAAUUGGAUUGUGCCCUUGUUGUAGUAGAAAAAACUAGGCCUGUAUAUUUGUCUGUUGUUUGCGACCAAGUAUAUGUACGAUUAGAAAUCGCAGAUGGUGUACUUUAUUUGAAAUCAGAGAACCUGGAAGAUAAAGGAAAGAAUUUAGAGAACAUGGGAGUUAAAGGAAAGGUAAAUUGGGAAAAGAUAAAAGAGUUACAACACCAACCUGAUGAAAAAAAAUCCCAAGUGUACUCUCUAAGGUUGGGUGAAGCAUGUCAUUUGCAUGAUGUUUCAUUUACACUACAGAAAGAUAGCAUGGGGAAUCUUUCACUGCAUUACAGUUGUAUGAAAGGAAAGGUUAAGUGUGAUAGUGAAGAGUUUCUUUUGUGUUUGGAGAAAGAGGAACUUGUCAAAAUUGUAUUGGAGGAGGACGAGAAAAAAAAUUGUGUGGAUGAUUCUUGCAAAACUGUGAAAAUAAAACCAAUGUGUAACACACCUCAAGAAGGAAACUGCAGUAUAGAAAAUUCGGAUGUGAUGGGGGAUUCAGAAAAUGAAAAGAAGGGGAAGGAGAGGAAAAGAAAAUGUGGAAGAUAUUUCGGAGAAAAAAGAAAAGAAAGCAUUCGUCUAGAAAGAGAAAGUGGUGACAAAUGGUCAGUGAACAUUCUGAUGAAACGGAAACUGGAUAUCAAAAGCACUGAUAGGGAGAAAAGGUUUAGAUACUACAAUCUGAAUGUGACAAAGCAUGGGAAAACACUCACAUGGAGAGCAGAAGGACAGGAAUCGAGGACAUGGAAAUUGUCUGUAGCAGAUCAAGAUUUGUCCUAUUUUGUUUGGCCUACUGAUUCUUUGUCUUCCAGCUUUCAAUUUCAGUUUAAAAGAGAAGGAGGGUCCCAAGUCACUCUUUCAUUUAACACAUCAUCUGACAAGUACAGAAUUUUACAAUUUGAUUCAAAUGGGAGACGAGAUUACAAGCAUUUACUUCGACAAGUGAAUACAACAAGGGCACCCACUGUGUCUGGGGACUUAUUUUAUAUGGAGUAUGUUAGACUGGAGAAGAUUUCCACUGCUGAUAAAACUAGGAGAUAUGUAGAAACCUUGAACAGAUCAUUAAGUGUUGAUAAUCUGAAGAAAAAAAUCAUCACUGAGGAGGUUAAAGAUGAAGGGGAAAAAAUAUACAUGGAAAGUAAUAUAUUUGAUCACCUCAAGUUGAUUGACAUGGAGUACGGUGCCUCUGGUGGAGCAUGUUGUUACCUUGACAACCAAGGUCAGGUGAUCUUGCAUGGUAUGUUCCUUGGAGCGUGUCCAUCAUUUUACUAUAAUGAUGAUGAAAGUAAAGUAUUCUUCCACAAGACUGGAACAUGUAUGAACAAAAUUUUACUCUCAAAAACCUUGGUUGAAAAUCUAGAGAAAAGGGGGAUUAAAAUCAAAGGAUCCCAUGUAAUUCAGUCUCAGUCCUGAAUUCAAAGUUUGUUUCUGGAAACAAUAGAAAAUGCUGGAAGAUAUUACUGAACAAAUCAAAUGGAUAUUGAUUAAUUGUGUACUUUUAUCAGAGUGCUUCAGAUACAUGAUAUUUACAUAAUUAUUUUUCCAUGGUGAUUUUUGUCCCCCACCACAAUGCGGAAAUGGACAUAGAAAUUCUGGUGUCUGUGCGUCCAUCUUCACUUUGUGGACGCAACUCCUCAGAAACUGCUCAAUGGAUUUUGUCCAUAUUUUGUAGGAUUGUUAGUCACCAUGAGGAGUUGAUCAUAUUGCGCUGCCAUUUUGAUUCGACAAUUUUUACAGGAGUUAUGGGACUUUGUUGAAUUUGUACGUGCUACACUAUAGGAACACUUUGUAGAUGCAACUCCUCAGAAACCGCUCAACGGAUUUUGUUCAAAUUUUGUAGGAUUGUUAGUCACCAUAUGUAGUUCUUUUGUGCUUCAACUUUUUUUGCGGCGCUGGGGGACAUGGCUACGUGUAGCAAUCUUGUGAUAUUUCAAAGAUGUACACAAUUUGUUUUGUAAAGUGUGAUUAUCUACUGUGAAUACAUUUUCCUUACAUCUAAUGAUUCAUACAACGAUACACUUGUGUCUGUAUUCUUAGUAUUCAUUUAUCAUACAUUUAUAUUGGUAUAUAUUCUUGUAUUGCUUAGAUUAUUUUCAUAGAUUUUUGACUAAUUAUAGGGGAAAUAUGCCUGCUUUUGACGGUGGAAAUAAUACAUAAUCAUCGUAAAUUCCAUUUGCACACAAUUUUGUUUUGAUUGAUGUCACGGAAGUCUAUUUCUUUACAGAAACUGGGGUUGUUUAUAGUGUUUUUUUAAUGGGCUACAGAGCAGGCAAGAUAGAUAGAAAUAACUUUUUUUCAGCCAUUUGUCUAUCUUUGUGAGUGGAAUAAUCUUAACUGAAAUAGUCCCAACUUUCUUAAAUCUUUUGACUAUUUUUGUAAUAAUAUGACUCCAACCAAAAAGGUGCAAGCCAAUGUAAUCCCUUCAUGUAGUGGAUGCACUUUUUCAGAGGCAUAAACCAAAAAACAAACCUUUUAUAAAAAUACUCCAUGAUAAUACUUCAAGGUGUUACACAUGAUCGUGGAAUUCAGCACCCGUUUUCUAUUUGAAUCGCAAAAUAUAUUCUAUUUGUUGAAGUAAUUUGCUCUGAUAUAAAUAUACACAUCAAUGUAUCACUAACUUCAGUAGUAAAAUUUACUUUAGAUCAAUUGUAUAAAAUAUUUACUGUACAGAAGAACUGUACUCAAAAUCGAUUGUAUGAAGUAAAUGCCAUAGAAUUGUACUCUAAAUCAGGUUUAUGAAAUAAAUUGCUGUAAAAC